AUGCCAAAGCCUAAGCCUUUUUCUUCUCUCUUUCGGAAAAAACCACAAACACUUUCCUUCCAAGAUUACUACACAAAAUGGUUUAAAACUCUCAAGAAAACCCACCUCCCUCUCAUUCAACUCUCCCUUUCUUCAUCUUCUUCACCAACUCUUCUCCACUCACGCAUUGAUAUCCUCCUUCAUCACUUCCUCGCCUACUAUGACACCUUGGAUCUCGCUGCCUCCCAAGAAAACCUCCCUCAACUUCUCUUCCCUUCUUGGCGCAACUCUCUUGAAAUACCAUUUCUCCUUCUCGGUGAUCUCCACCCCUAUCUCUUCACCAACCUUUUAAGAUCCUUUCUUGAUCAAGAAACUGAGGAAGGAGAAGAAAAUGACUCUUGCGAUGGUGUUGUUGCUGGUCUUGAUAGACCGUGGCAAGUGAUGAUGGCGUGGAAGAAUGUAUCCAAACACUUGAUGAAUCACAUCGAUCAAAUAGAAUGUGGAUUAAGACUAAUGGUGCCUGCAUUGAUGAGCAGAAUUAAGAAGGUACAGGGUGGUUUUGUGGGAAGGAUAGCAGAGGAUUGGGGGGCGGAUUGUGAAGGGAAAAGAGAAAGGAUUGAAGAGGCAAUGAAGGAAGCGAUGGAAGAGAUGGUGAGUGUGUUUAUGGAUGCGAAUAGGUUGAGAAAGAGUGUGAUUACGGAGAUAGUGAGUGGGUUGAGUUUGUAUCAGGCAGCUUUGUUUCUCGAAGGUUUAGCCCAAUUUCUUGUUGGGCUUAGGGAGGAGGAAGUUAAGUCUUCCCAUUAUUCUGGGUUGAUUUGUAAAUUGUUGAUCAUCAGCUGUUAUGGUUUAGGGUAUAAUUUUGAUGAAUCUGGUGUUAUUGGUAUAAAAGCCUUUAAUUCAGUUGUCUUGGGGAACUGGUUAAUUGGGAGUGACAACACUGUUGCGAAUAAUGUAGAUUCGCACAUGUAUUGA